UGAUAUUAGUUUAAGUCGACUAAGAUGUCCGCGGUCGUUGUCACCCUUAGCCAUGGCAUGGUCCCCCACUCCGCUGACCCUUCCACUCCAUCCUUCUACUCGAAUUCUUUGCUAGCUGGCAUUCCUCGUCGUCGCGCGCUCGGGUUUCCUCCCAGAGCAUGCUAUUUUCAUGGAGUCAGCACUUUCACUUAGCCGACGGAGCCGGGCGAGUUCAUUGCGCCUUACAGCCCUCCCACCAAGCACGCGCGAUUGAAGACCUCGGCGUCUAUUCGUCUGUUGCAGGGAGAACCCCAUUGCUCUGGAUGGGAAACAUAAGCGAGGGGCCGCCAGUAUGGUUUGACGGUAGAACAGAGUUCACCGUCUCCAUGCAGUACCCGCCGGUUAACUUCAGGGAUGGGACUCGACUUCUGCUCCAAAGCCGGAUGAUGGCUCCAAUCGUCGUCAAAAUUAGCAAGUUGUUUACGACGUUCGCAGUCGUUGCGAUUCCUUCCUCUCUACUUGUUAGUCACCUGGCUCGAGCGUUUUUCUGUCACUGCGUUAUAUAUUAUCCUCCGAUUUGGAUAUUACUGCGCUUGAACAUUAUUGAUAACGAAAACACUGGUGAAGGGGAACAACAUCCUCUCUAGCUCUGGAGUCGAACGGCGAAGCACCACCACCCCGAACAGGGAUCUGGAUGCAAUAUCACAGCUCGCAUAUAUUCAAAUCAAGAUUUGUUUGCAUGGCCAAGCAUCUUCCCGGCAUUGGUUGCUGCACUCAUGGUAUCCCCAUCUGACAUCCACCUAUGACCCAUUGCUCCUACAAGACUGGCAGAGAUCUUGUCACUUUGAGGACUGACGAUGCGGUGAACACCAGGAACCGCAUUCCGAACAGAUUGUCUUCGUUC